GGAUGGGGAAGAAAGUAACAAACAUUAAAAGGUAUGCUGCAGAGGGGUGAUGGAUUUGGUGUAAUCCUCUGCAGGACCCCUGUUGGGGUCUUAAUGCCUGCAUUGUAUAUAAACAGCAGCUGAAACUAACACUGAGCACUGGACUUCAGUCUCAACCAAGCAAGUAAAAUCGGACCUGCACUUUUCUGGAAUGACCACUGUGAUGAAAUCGCUUGUCUACAUUGCACUGGGGUGUGCCAUCUUUGUGAACUUCCUAUCCGCACAGCAUUGGUCCUUUGAUCUGCGUCCUGGUGGUAAACGGGAAGCUGGUGAUGAUGUUAUUGAAUCAUUCCGGGAUACUGCGGUUGAUGUGGAUGAGCUGACACACGACAAAAGGACGGAAUUUGCCUUCCCUGAUUGUUUUGGAAGCACCCUGGCAAAAUUUACACCAAGGAGGAAGAAGCUUUAGCAUGGGCUCGCUAUUAACAUUCGGAGGAAUUGGAACAAUUGGCCCUCCUUUGCUGUCAUUGGC